AAACGUUGUUUGUUCUGCUCUGAAUCUGCCAAACACUGACUCACUGUUUUAUGAGAACAAACAAACGGCAGAAAAAGAAGAAGAACAAGAACAAGAACAACAAGAAGAAGAGGAAGAGGAAGAGAAGUGGUCACAUGUUGGAGGGGAAACUCUGUAAAGAGACUGAAACUUCCUGAAGAUCCUCGACAUCAGAGCAACAAAACAAAAGCUUCAUGAUCAGUGUCGGAAUGUAACGCUACACCUCCCUGCUCCACAGAGGAGGCUCCGCCCUUCAGAGCAGGGAGUGUCUGUGUGUGUGUGCGUGUGUGUGUGUGUGUGUGUGUGUGUGCUGAAGGGGGCGGACACCAUCAUGUGGACUGAAACUCUGAAACUAAGUUCACAUCAUCUAAGGUGUGGCUUCUCUAGACUCUUCACUCUCUGAUCCAGGAACUGACAGCAGGAGCAGCAGCAGCAGCAGCAGCAGGAGCAGCAGCAGCAGGAGCAGCAGCAGCAGCAGCAGCAGCAGGAGCAGCAGUAACAGCAGGAGCAGGAGCAGACAUGGAAGACACAGAAGCUCCAGCCACCUCGUCCUCCACCACCUCGUCGUCUACCACCCCGUCCUCUACCACCCCGUCCUCCACCACCCCGUCCUCCACCACCUCGUCCUCCACCACCCUGUCCUCCACCACCCCGUCCUCCACGUGUACUCCAGCGUCUCCUCCUCCUCCGCAGCUGACAUGCUGUGUCUGCUCCGGUGACCUGAGCGUUGACGCCGCCUCGGCCUCCUGUGGUCACGGCGUCUGCAGCUCCUGCCUCCAGGACAAGAGUCAAGUUUGUCCAAAGUGUCUCCAGAGUCCGGACGAGCCUGAACCUGCUGAAUCUCAGGUGAUCCACGGUAGCGAGGAGCAGAGUCCAGACUCAGAGGAGACCAAAGUCCAGGAGCCCGAGGAGAAGAAGGAGGACGAGGACGUGAAGGUUGAAGAACCUCUGGGUCCUAAUGACGUGGUGUGCGACUCCUGCAUCGAGAGCCCGUGCAGGGCUCUCAAGUCCUGCCUCACCUGCCUGGUGUCGUACUGCGAGGCCCACCUGAGACCUCACCUGGAGAACCCCAAGUUCCAGAACCACCGGCUGGUGGAGCCGCUGCAGGACAUCGAGAGGAGAACCUGCGAGAGCCACAAGUGGCCGCUGGAGAUCUUCUGCUGCGCCGACGGCUGCUGCGUGUGUCAGGACUGCGUGAAGGAGGAACACCGCGGCCACACCACACUUCCUGUGGUGGAGGCCAGGAAGCAGAUCGAGAGUGAACUGAGGGAGAAGCAGACGGACACGGUGAAGACGGUGACUGCGGCCGAGAACGCCAUCAACAAACUGCAGCUCAACGCGGUUUCCAUCGAGCAAUCGGUGACGGAGGUUCGAGGCGUGAUCGAGAGCCAGUUUGAGGCUCUGCAGGCGGUGGUGGAGCGAGCCAAGCGGGAGGUGACGGAGAUCCUGGAGGCCGAGGAGAAGCAGGCGCUGAGGCAGGCCGAGGGCAUCCGGGUUCACCUGGAGCAGCGGUGCGGGGAGCUGAGGAAGACGCAGGCGCAGAUGGAGAAGAUCUCCAAGAACAAGAACGACGUGGACUUCUUACAGGAGUACUCAGAGUGGAAGAAAGAAACCGCUGACAUCUCUCUGCCCGGCGUUUACAUCGGACUCAUCGAUUGUCUGAAUUCUCUGAGCCGUGUCAUCGUUGACUCCACACAGGAGCUCUGUGCCAUGCUCGUGUCCUUGUACAUCGACAAAGUCAACGAGACCUGCAAGAGCGACAAAAUGGGAAUAAAAACGACAGUCCACGCCAUCGUCGCGGGGAAAGAGAACCUGCUGUUACCAGAUCCAAAGACACACGCAGACUUCCUCAAGUACUCCGCCCAGGUGACGUUUGACGCCGACACCGCUCACAAGUUCCUGCGUCUGACCGAGGAGAACAGGAAGGUGACGAACACCACGCCGUGGCAGCAUUCCUACCCCGACGUGCCCGAGCGCUUCGAGAGCUGGCGCCAGGUCCUGGCCUCGGAGAGCUUCUACCUGGGCCGCCAUUACUUUGAGGUGGACAUCAGCGGCGAGGGCACGCACGUGGGCGUGACCUACAAGAGCAUCGACCGCAAAGGCAGCGAGAGCAACAGCUGCAUCACGGGCAACAACUCGUCCUGGUGUCUGCACUGGAACGGACGCACCUUCUCCGCGUGGCACAGCGGCGUGGAGACACCGCUCAGCGCGGGGAAGUUCACGCGCGUGGGCGUGUACGUGGACUACACGCGCGGCCUCCUGGCGUUCUACGGCGUGGACGACGCCAUGACGCCCAUCCACGAGUACAAGGCCGAGUUCCUGGAGCCGCUUUAUCCGGCGUUCUGGUUGUCAAAGAAGGAGAACGUCGUCACCCUGGUGACACCGGGAGAACCGCUGCGGCUCAAAAGCCCCUCCCCUCCCACCUCGCCCACCAAUGGCGCCAUACCUCCAUAAACCAUGACGACCACCGGGUUUUUUACGCACAAUUUACAGACGACUGCGUGGACACAGAGCGUCCGAGCUUUAAUCAAAUAUUUGUUUACUUCCUGUACAUCUGGGAUGAUGACAUCGUCGUCAUGGGACUGUUACUGUACUUUUCAUCACACUGUGAAUAAAACUUUGUUUUCAAAAAAAAACAACAAAACAAAACAAAAAAUUGUCCUGCAGGUGAAUGAAAAAAUAAAUAGGGGGUUAUUUACUGAAAUUCCACUUGUGAUUUUAUAGAUCAUUUGUGCCCUAAAUACGUUUAAAUCAAUGUUAACCAUUAUUGCAUUCACAAUUAUGCCCAAUAAAUAAAUACAUUUGAGCAAUAA